AUCGCAACUAAACAGUAUACUCUUCAAGUUACAUGUAAACUGAAGCAACACUAAGGUUUCAAGACAACAUAUCUUUAGAAGACAAACAGUUACAACGGAAACUGAAUAAUAUAGGCAGAUAUGGAGAUAACACCAGGACUAGAAUCCUAUGAACUGAUGGAAAACAUGUCUGAAAAUGGAACGCAGCGGGUCCUUUCAAUUUAUGAGGAAUACGGAUACUUCAAUGUUAUUAUUGUUUCAACACUAUUUUCAGUGAUUGCCAUUGUAGGACUUACAGGAAACGCCAUGAUCUUUGUUGCUGUGGGGUUAUCUUGCAAACUCCAUAACAUAACCAAUGCUUUUAUUGUCAACCUGAGCAUUUGUGACUUUUUAACAUGUGUUCUCCUGCCCUUCCAAGCGGCUGCUGUGAUAUCAGAGGAUGGAUGGCCUCUUGCAGAUUGGUUCUGUUAUGUCAUAGCAUCUCUUACCAUCAUCUUCCCCACUGCUAGCAUAUUGAACCUGACUUUGAUAAGUCUCAAUAGAUACAUAUUGAUUACCAAGCCUCGCAAGCUCUACAUGAAGGUGUAUACCCAUCACAAGGUUGCCUGGAUGAUUGCCUUGACAUGGCUCUUUCCAUUCUUCUUCCUUCUCAUGCCUCAAUUCUUUCUGGGUGGAAUGGGUUACCGCCAAAAGUUCAGGGUCUGCAUCUGGAACUCUGAGCACAAACUUGCUCAGAUAUUUCAGGGGAUUGGUGCCCUUGCAUUUAUCCUUUCUACUGUCAUCAUUAUCUUCUCCUACGUAUCCAUCUUCUGCUUCGUCCGACGACAUAUGCGCAUGAUGGCCAACAAAGAAGAGAGCAAUGACAUAACAACAUCAGUAAACACCAUUGAGAGUACUCUUAAUAAUAAAGAAGGGAAUAGAAUCAAAUCAUAUAGAUCAGCUAUAAAGAAGAAAACAAUUAGUAACAAACAAAUUGAGAUCACUAAGAACCUCUGUGUAGUAGUUGUCACAUUCUUCAUCUGCACCUUGCCUUACUCAAUUCACCUUCCAACAAAAAUAUAUGAUAUGCGGGGUACCUACUUGGGAAUCUUACUGAACUCCCAUGCUUGCAUAAAUCCCAUUAUUUAUGCAGCGAAGCAUCCACAUUUCAAGAUCAUCUUCCAUUGCAUGUUUCGAUGCAAAUACUCCGAUAUUCCAGCACCUUCAGUGGGACUGAGGAAAACUUUGAAUGUUACAUCAUUGGCAACAGUUAACAGCAGCACUGAUGGAAGAUUUGCCUGAGAUAGCAAUAGGAAAAACCUGAUAUAACUGUUUGAAGGGGCUUACAGUUGCCUCACUGAGCACAGUCAUGAACUAUACACCUAUAUCUAUUGAUCUUCUACCAAAUACCAAAUUAUAAAGUAUUUAAAACCUUCAAAAACUAGCUGGUACUACCAAGUAAUAAGAAUGACAAAGAAGUCAGUAGUCAAUAUUUACAAGACUUCUGAAUAGCAAUCAAUGUACAACAGACAUUCAUCAUUCAAUAGUCAACCACACAUUGCCUGAUCAAAGACCUAAUGUAAACUAGCAACAUGCUAUCACAGCCUUAUAAUAUAUACAUAUGUAUAAUCUGGAUCCACCAAGUGAAUUAUGGAUUUUCUAUCUACACUUAUUCAAAGUACAACUGCCCCUGACUAAUAGAUAGCUCUAAUAUAGACAUUAGAGAAACUGGUUACAAAACAAAAUAGAAUAGUUCGAAUCGUAGCUGGAGCAAGCCCAAGAUCAAAAGUUGUUACACUAUACUCAGAGCUUAAGCUGCUAAAUAAAAAAAAAUAUUAUUACCUUCUAGCAAUGUAUUUUAUUUAUCAGUGUAUUAACCAGCUUAUGCCUGUUUAUUUUUCUCAGUUGUUUGAUACAAACCAGAAUUUAAAAAAUACAAUACAUGCUCCUCUUCAUUAAUAAAUUUGCCAAGACACAGGACGUGUUCUUAUCAACAUAGUAUUUGUUUUAUAGGUUCGAAAAUGUAGUACAAUUUAUCUAAAGACAUCAGAAAUGCACCAUCUUUGAAUUACUUUAAGACAAAGCUUAAGGAAAAACUUAUGUCCAGUCCCUAAAUUGAGUGAUUUAGUUAGUUUUACAUGUAGUUGUGUGACAAUUUAUUUACUGUUUCAUUGAUAAAUAUGUAUAAAGUUGCCACGUUUCUUAUAAUUUGAUUCCAGUGAUGCAAAAAUCCUGUGGAAAUUCCUGCUAAAUAUCUUUAAACAUUGAGAAGAACUAAUAAACUUGCAGCGAAUUUCAGCAUGGACUUUCUUUCACACUUGCAAAGUACCUGUUAUAUUUCUGAUCUUGGCAAAAUGUUCUGUGAUAAAAAAGGUUUGCACUUAAAGAUAGUUGAGUAGAUUAAAUGAUGGAAGUGCAAUACUUACUCAUUUAACAAAGAACUUUACAAAUAAACCUUCUACAUUGUGUCUGUAAAAAAAAUCUACCUGUUCAAAAGUGAAAAAAUUUGUCAAAACCCUCUGACAUUAUUAAGGUCCUAUUUAGCCCUCACUGACAUUCCAUUGUCUAUCUUGUAUAAAGUCUAGUCUCAAUCUUUUCAGAGGGUAUGUUUAGUUGGUGCCCAUAUUAAAAAAAAAAAUAGGAGAGAAGUAAUUGCUAGAGGGUAUUCAUUUGUCUCGCAAUCUACUAUGGUCAACAAGGAAAUUCGUGAUCACUCUCGCAAAAAGUGUUCACUAGCUUUCUAGGAAAUUCGUGAUCACUCUCGCAAAAAGUGUUCACUAGCUUACAAGUUCACGAGCUUUCGAGUGCCGCUGCAACUCUUUAUCAAGUGACGAAAAUUAUCUGAUACGGUAGUCAAUUUAUACCAAUCCCCAGGACCGUACGCACGAACGCGGGAACAAUAGGUGGGCACUGAUCCGUUAUGUGAUUGGUAGGAGAGAAGUAGUCGAAGCAGCUAAGUAGCAUUUAUUAUUCGAGAGUGUAUUAUCAAUUCAUAAUUGAAGUUUAUGCUCUCUAAAUGCAAGAGCUAAUCUGGUCCGUAAUCACACUCCUCUCAGGGUAAGACAAGGGACAAGUCGUUUUGGAGUGGGAUUUGCAUCUUUCGAGAAAGCAUUAAAGAUUCUUCUGGAGUGCACUAUGCAUAUUUUUAGAUAUUUUCACUCCAGAAGAAGCUGUAAUCCACUCUCAAAAGAUAAAAAACACUCCAAAAUGACUGGUCCCUUGUCUCACUCUGAGAGGAUUGUGAUUCAAAAAGAAAUUAGCUCUUUUGCAUUUAGAGUGUAGUUUAAAUAUAAUAUUCAGGACAUGAAACCUGUAAUUCAAAACAAAAUAGUACAUAUAAAAUGUCUUUUGGUGAUUGGUACUUUAUGAGCAAUCGUAUUUAUCUGAUAUUUUGUCAGUAAUCACAAUUUGAAGUUAAGUCAUGCUAUUACUUGUUUGAGAAUUUACAAAUAUAUUCCUUCCUU